AUGCCAGAACGCCCAGUAGGACCAGCCCCGACAUUAUGGCAAGGAAUUCGAGCCAUCAUCACCAUCUCCUGGAUUAACCUCCUGCUAGUUUGCAUUCCCAUAUCGUGGGCAUUGAACUUCACGCUCGAGCAUUCGGACAAGAAUGACACAAUAAUCUUCGUGUUCGCGUUUCUUGCCAUUAUACCAUUGGCCAAGCUGCUUGCGUUCGCCACGGAUGAGCUCUCAAUGCGUGUAGGACAAACGCUGGCGGGUCUCCUGAACGCCACUUUGGGUAACGCUGUGGAGUUGAUCGUAGCUAUCAUCGCGUUGGCGAAGUGCCAGCUUGCAAUUGUUCAGUCUUCUCUCGUCGGCUCGAUCUUGAGUAACCUUCUACUUGUGCUUGGCAUGUGCUUCUUCGCCGGAGGCACGAGGUUUUCGGAACAAGGGUUCGGUGUCAGUGUGACGCAGCUCAACUCAUCCCUGCUGACCAUCUCGGUCAUUGCGGUGCUCUUGCCCGCUGCGUUCCACUUCACUGCGGACGCCGCGAUCAAUGACCCUCUGGAGGCCAAGGACAUUCUGGCGGUCAGCCAUGGAGUUGCCAUCAUCCUCCUUUUCAUCUACGGCUCGUAUCUCGUUUUCCAGCUUUUCUCGCACAAGACGUUGUACGACGAUGACCAUCCGGAUAUCUUCCGCUCCACCAAGUACACUCCACGAGAGAAGAAGAACAAGGAGAAGAAGAAGGACGAAGCCUCCCUCAGCGUCCCCGACGCACAGGAGCCUCACAACAUCCCUUCGGAGAGCACAAGCACGCACACCGACCUCGAGAUUGGUGCCCCACAUGCUGAAGAGGAAGAGGAGGAAAAGCCGCAGAUGAGCGUCCCGCUUACUAUCGGUCUUCUUGCGGUCGUCACUGUUCUUGUCGCUGUUACUGCCGAGUUCCUCGUUGACUCUAUCAGCGGUCUCACGGAUUCAGGAAAAAUCAACAAGGAGUUUGUCUCAUUGAUCCUGCUUCCCAUUGUUGGCAACGCCGCGGAGCAUGUCACCGCUGUCACGGUUUCCGUAAAGGACAAGCUCACGCUCAGCAUAGGGGUCGCAGUAGGCUCGAGUAUUCAAAUCGCCCUUUUUGUCAUCCCUUUUAUUGUUACGCUCGGAUGGAUCAUGGGCAAGCCGCUCAGCCUACUCUUCGAUCCUUUCGAGUCAAUAGUGCUGUUCUUGACUGUACUCGUGGUCAACUACGUCAUGCAGGACGGCAAGAGCAAUUGGUUGGAGGGCAUGAUCCUCAUGUCGUUAUACUUGAUCAUUGCCGUCACGUUCUGGUACUACCCUGGUGUGAACGAACUCCAGGCGUCGCUCUCGUGCUAA